GAAGAGGGAAAGUUGUUAAUAUUUUGAAGGAUAGGAAUUCUAAGUAUUCCAUUUUAGCCAUUGAGCCAGAUGAUCUUGGACUGUGUUGUGCGAAGGCCAUUGUAUAUGCUACAGCACAUUUGGAUAACAAUCGAAAGCUGAUUGAUGUUUUGAGGCGGAAAAAUCGACCAGCUCUUCUAAACAAGGCUAAGGAACUGCAUGCUGCUGCUGGAGUACCAUUAGGUCCCUGUACGUUCAACGAAGUGGCGAUAUUUGAAAGGUUUUUGAAUAUCCAGAUAUCUGUUACUGUUCUUGAAAACAACAACAAGGUUGCUUAUAAAGGAGAGCAUCGAGAGAGAAGAAUCAACCUGCUAUUAUCAAAUAAUCACUAUGACGUUAUCAAGAGCAUGAAAGGCUAUCAUGGAAGCAAUUUUUAUUGUGAUAAUUGCGACAAGCCAUUUUCACGCAUUGAAGAUCACUUUUGUCCGAAUUCGUGUAGAAUUUGUACCAGACUGAAGUGUGAGGAGGGACAAAAAAUAAGAUGCGUUGAUUGCUUCCGGUUAUGUAGAUCUAGGGAAUGUUUUAAUGCGCAUAAGUCUACUAUAGGAUUGCAAGAAAACUCUUUGUGUGAUAGGCUUUAUCAAUGUCGCACCUGCUGUAAAGUUAUUCGAAGGCGAGAAUGCCCACCUGAGGUUCACCAAUGUUGGACUACAAAAUGUCCUUCCUGCAAUACCUUUGUGGAGGCUGCAAAGCAUAGAUGUUCCUUACAGACCAUCAAGCCACAAGUGCCUUCUGAUAAAUUGAUUUUUUUUGAUUUUGAAACUGAUCAGUCUACAGGGGAGCACAUAGUUAAUUUUGCUGUGGCGCAGUAUGCUGACGGGGCGGAAAACAUAUUUAAGGGUUAUUCGGCUUGUGAUGAUUUUUGUUCCUGGCUUUUUACACGUCAACAUAAAGGAUUCACAGCAAUCGCCCACAAUAUGAAAGCGUUUGAUGGACAGUUUAUAAUGGGAUGGCUGCUCCGUCAAGGAACAACUCCGGAUGUUAUACCGAAUGGAUCUAGUUUGAUGAGUAUACGUCACAAUUCUCUAAGCAUCCGCAUCAUUGACUCUUUAAACUUUAUGCCUAUGGCACUGUCAAAAUUGCCCUCAUGUUUCGGUCUUUCUGAAUUAAAAAAAGGAUACUUCCCACAUCUCUUCAAUCGACCAGAAAAUCAAACAUAUAGAGGUCAGAUGCCUGAUCAUUCCUUUUAUAGCCCGGACAACAUGGGGAGUGACGCCCGGAAACGGUUUCUCCAGUGGUAUGAAGAAAAUAAACACCUGGAAUUUGAUUUUCAAAAAGAAAUGCUUGAAUACUGUAGAUCUGAUGUUGAUAUACUCAGGAGAUGUUGCUUGGAAUUUAGACAGCAGUUUUUAGACAUAGCUAAUGUGGAUCCUUUCAGGUACAUUACAAUAGCAUCAUCAAGCAUGGCUGUGUUUCGAAGCUCUUGUAUUCAACCUGACACGAUUGGUAUGGUUCCGGCAUUGGGAUAUACAUCCAGUACAAAUUACAGUCCAGAUUCCAUACGGUGGCUCGAUUUUACAGCAGAGAAAGAAGGUAUUGCUAUACAACAUGCUUUGAAUAGUACCGGUGAAUGUAAAGUUGGAGGCAUGUAUGUAGAUGGCUUUUGUUCUGAAACGAACACAGUCUAUCAAUUUCAGGGAUGUUUUUUCCAUGGAUGCGAUACUUGUUUCGAUCGAGAUGUUUCUCAUCCUUUAAAAGGGGUAACGAUGGCAUCACUACUCCAAAAAACUCAACGUACGACAGAGCAUCUUCGUUCCUUAGGUUACCAUGUCAUAGAAUGCUGGGAACAUGACUUUGAGAAAAUGAAAAGAAAUGAUGAAGAUCUAAAGAAAUUUUUGCUCUCACACACGGUAAGAGAUCGCCUUGUUCCUCGAGAUGCGUUUUAUGGGGGACGUACGAAUGCCGUUAAGCUUUAUCAUGAAGGAAAUGCAAAGUAUGUGGAUUUCACGUCCCUUUAUCCAUGGGUUAAUAAAUACUGUAAGUAUCCGGUUGGACACCCGACCAUCAUCACCAAAGAUUUUGCUUCAUUGGAGAGUUAUUUUGGACUGAUUAAGUGCACCAUUGCUCCUCCUAGGCAGUUAUACUUACCAGUGUUGCCAUAUCGCUGCCACAACAAACUUAUGUUUCCGCUCUGCAGGACUUGUGCUGAAACUAAGCAACAAAGUUCCUGUACACACACAGAGGAAGAAAGAAAUCUUACAGGAACGUGGGUCACUGAAGAGGUGAAAUUGGCUCUAAGGAAGGGCUAUGAGAUAAGAGAGGUUCAUGAAGUGUACCACUUUGAGAACUCUUCUUCUUCUCUUUUCAAAAGCUUUAUUGACUUGUUUUUGAAGAUAAAGCAGGAGUCUAGUGGCUGGCCUGCUGAAUGUGUAUCAGAAGAAGAUCGUCUUCGCUACAUUGAAGAGUAUAUGGAAAAAGAAGGUGUUGCCCUUGAAUACUCUCAAAUUAUAAAAAAUUUAGGAAGACGACAGGUCGCAAAGCUGAUACUCAAUAGUUUUUGGGGAAGAUGGGGCAUGAACUGUAAUAAGAGUCAACUGACACAUGUUAAUACGCUUCCUGAUUUCAAUAAGAUGUUUGCUGACACUACGAAAAAGAUCAAAGAUGUCUAUCUAUUCAAUGAAGAAGUUGCUGCCAUACAUUGGGAGUCAGAUAAACAUUUUGUGCCGCAAGAUAAAUCAACGAAUAUUUUCUUGGCCGCAUUUACAACCUCAUGGGCAAGGAUGAAGCUGUAUGAGGAAAUGGAUAAAUUGGGAGAGAGCGUGCUUUACCAUGAUACGGACUCUAUCAUCUAUUCCCAAAAUGGUGAAAAUGAUCCUCCUAUUGGAAACUUCUUGGGGGAUUUCACGGACGAGUUGGAUGGAGAUGUUAUCACAACAUUCGUAUCCGGUGGACCUAAGAACUAUGCGUAUGAAACAGCUAAUGGUAAACAAUGUUGCAAGGUGAGAGGCUUUACGUUAAAUUUUCGUAAUUCUGAAAAGUUAAACUUCGAGUCCGUCAAGAAAAUGGUUUGUGAGCUGAGUGAUGAUCAUAUUUCCCUUCAUAACCCCACCAAAAUCUGCAGAGACGCAAAAAGACGGAGAGUAGUAAAUAAACCUGAAACGAAGCUGUACAAAGUUGUUUAUGACAAGCGGGUGAUUCAACCNUGGUUUGUGAGCUGA